UCUCUCCCCAUCCAAACAAAUAAAGUUGAGCCCAUCCUUCUUUAAUUCGAACAUCGCAGCAAAAUGUUUAACAACGAGCCGCUGCAACAAAUCGACAAGGAGCUGUACGACAUUUUGGCGGACGAAGAGAAGAGACAAAAGGAGACCAUAAAUUUGAUAGCAUCUGAGAAUCUGACUAAUCACGCCGUGCGUGAGUGCCUCGGGAACCGAGUCAGCAACAAGUACUCGGAGGGUUACCCCAAGAAGAGGUACUACGGAGGGAACGACUACAUAGACAAAAUUGAGGAGCUCUGCCAGAAGAGGGCAUUGGAAGCCUUCAAUGUAAGUGAGGAAGAAUGGGGAGUGAACGUGCAACCGCUUUCCGGAUCCGCUGCUAAUGUGCAAGCUCUGUACGCUUUGGUAGGAGUAAAGGGAAAAAUAAUGGGGAUGCAUCUAUGCUCAGGAGGACAUUUAACACAUGGAUUUUUCGAUGAAAAAAAAAAAGUAUCCAUCACGUCGGAUAUGUUUGAGUCAAAGCUCUACAAAUGUAACGACCAAGGAUAUGUGGACUUAGAUGCAGUGCGUGAGAUGGCCUUGUCCUUCAAACCGAAGGUGAUCAUCUGUGGAUACACCAGCUACCCUAGAGACAUAGAAUAUGAGAAGUUUAGACAAAUCUGUGAUGAAGUGGGUGCAUAUUUAUUCGCUGAUAUUUCGCACAUAUCAAGUUUUGUUGCAUGCAGCAUUCUGAACAACCCUUUUUUGUAUGCCGACGUAGUUACCACAACGACACAUAAAAUAUUAAGAGGACCCAGAAGUGCAUUGGUAUUUUUCAAUAAAAAAAGAAAUCCAGGAAUUGAUCAAAAAAUAAAUAGUGCAGUGUUUCCGAGCUUCCAGGGAGGACCCCACAACAAUAAAAUUGCAGCUGUUGCGUGUCAACUGAAGGAGGUGAAGUCAGCCGAAUUUAAGGAAUACACACAACAGGUUCUACUAAACAGUAAAGCACUAGCUAAAUCUUUACUUAGUAAGAAUAUAGACUUAGUCACCAACGGAACGGAUAAUCACCUCAUUGUUGUAGACCUGAGGAAGUUUGGUAUUACUGGAUCCAAACUGCAGGAAACGUGUAACGCUAUUAACGUGGCACUGAAUAAGAAUACCAUUCCGUCGGACGUGGACUGCGUCUCUCCUAGCGGGGUGCGAAUUGGCACCCCUGCCAUGACUACCAGAGGCGCAAAGGAAAAGGACAUGGACUUCAUCGCAGAUAUUUUGGAAAAGGCCAUCAAAAUAACUGUAGACUUGCAGGAGCAGUAUGGGAAAAAACUGGUCGACUUUAAGAAAGGCUUGCCUAACAGUGCUGAUCUGCAGAAGUUGAAGCAGGAGGUUGUCACCUGGGCUGGUGCUUUGCCCUUCCCCUGA